UUCAAAUACUUCCAAGUAUUAAGAAGCAUAAUUAAUGAAUUUUACAUAACAAUUACGAUUCCUGCGUAGGUUAUUGAAUAAAUGCGAUGAUAUCCAGUCCGCUGGUGCAGACAGUCAUUCAGACACACCAUCUUGACCCGUUUAGUUGACUUAUUAUGGAAUUUUAAAGACUGCUGGGAUAUGUAAUAAUAUCGAUAUGAUUUUGUGUAUGUGCAUACACAAUAAACGAUGUCUUCCUUUGAUUUGAAAGAUCUAUUAAGUCUGGUGAAAAAUACCUCAAUGUUUGAAAAUGUGACGUUUGAUUUACCGAAAGAUUCAGCACCACGAUACAUAGAAACGUUACAACAGAUUUCACCAGAGGUUUUAUUAAUCGACAGAAUAAUUUCACCUGUUUGGUACGUCAUAGGUUUUAUUGGUAACCCACUCUCGGCUGCCAUAUGGUUCGGACGCAGUAACCGAAAAAAUUCUUCUGCUGUUUAUCAGGGAAUAUUAGCAAUAGUAAAUAUAUAUUUCCUAAUUGUUCAUUUGAUAAUGGAACUUAAUUAUGCCUGGGGCAUACAGUUAUACGCCAGUCCUGGUGCCUGUGAAACAUUCAGUGUUUUUCUUAUGAUACCGCAGUAUUUGUCACCGAUGUUGGUUUUAGCAUUUACAAUAGAACGAUAUAUUGCUGUAUGCCAUCCAUUUCAGAAGAAAAAAUUCUGUACUGUUAAAAGAGCCCUAAUGGUAUCAACUUGUAUGUUUAUCAUUUCAGCAGGAUUAUCCUCAGUCCAGGCCUAUCUUUGGGACUAUGAUGACAAAAUAAAACUUUGUGCCUUCCUAAGCUUCGGGCACCAAAAAUUUGAGAAAAUAUGGACGCUUGUUACAGAGAUUUUACAUUUCUUAUUAAUACCUUUAUGUGUCCUGAUUUUUAAUAUACUUGUUAUUAUUGAAAUACGUAAAAUCGAUGCAAGGGAUACUACACGUCUUUAUUCCGGACAUAGUGGACGCGCAACAACAACAUCAACAGUAACGUUGUUAUCAGUGUCGUUUUAUUUCAUAUGUACCUUACUGCCGGCCUCCAUUGUAUAUGCGAUGCAAUCUUUAUUACCUUAUGGUAAUAAAAUGUCAGUACAAAAAAUGGUGUUGGAUCCAACAUGGAGGAAAUAUUUACAGUAUUUAAUGAUAAGAAAAGUGGUUGAGGAGAUUUGUCUUUCAAACCAGGCUUGUUAUUUUUUCAUUUAUUAUUUAACUGGGAGUUUGUUCAGAAAACGUGUUCAUAAUAUGUGCUGUAAAAGUCCAUGUUGCCGAAAAAAGCCAAAGUCUGAGCUUUCAAAUGAAUACGCUUUUGCUAUGUAUACACCUGUUGCUUCAAACGAUCUCAAUGCUAACAGUCAAGAGGAGACAAAGAUAUCAAUGUAAAGAUAUGUAUUCUCGUAAGUUCAUAACAUUUCAAGUGACAUAUUCUCUGCUUGAAGCAGAUCGUCCAUUUAUUAACACAUCUCCUGGGAACCGUAAUGCGAGAGGAAGAAAAUACGCUGGUUAUUCCGUCUCUGAGGACUACUGGAAGGACGCAUAUGUUGUUUCUAAUUAUAUUCUUCAUCUGGUCAUUAACUGCCAAGUAUGUUGCUAUUUCCGAUGUUAGUCGGAUUAUACACGAGAAAAAAGGCAAUAAUUAUAUUCUUGCUGUGAAUAGCGUCUGUUUUAAUCAUUACAUAAAUUAACUAAAAAUAACUAGAAUGAAUGUAUUUCAGCGUUAAAUUUUAUUACUCAGAAAAGAUAAAAUAAUACAUUUUCAUA